ACACACACACACAGAGACACACACACACACACACACCAUGAACAAAAACAUGUACAAAGCCAGCCUUGAACCCCCAAUAACGCAAUUGCCGAUUUCGUGGUGUAUGGGCAAAUAAAUAUAUCGUGAAUUUUUUAAUAUAUUUUUUGCUUUAAUUUAUCGUAUCGUAUGGUCGACGACCGGCCGACUCGCCGGUGUUCCUUCCACACUACUCUCUUUUUUUCUUUUUCUUAGUUUCUCAGUAAUCUUUUCCACGAAUACAAACAAACCGACAACCAAACACCCACCUUAGAAAAACCCCUCCAUUGCCGUGUGUCAACCCAGAAAGGAAAAUUGAAUUUUCUCAGAGAACGAACAAAAACCCAGAUAGAGAAACAAGAGAAAGAGAAGCUCAGUGGGAGUUGGAACUUUUUAUUUUUAUUUUUAUUUUUUGGGUUGGUUCAAAUGGGGAUUGAUUACUAUAACGUACUGAAAGUGAAACGGAAUGCAACAGAGGAGGACUUGAGGAAAGCUUACAAAAGAUUGGCAAUGAAAUGGCAUCCGGAUAAGAAUCCCAUUAACAAGAAAGAAGCUGAGGCAAAGUUCAAGCAGAUCUCUGAAGCUUAUGAUGUAUUAUCUGACCCACAGAAGAGACGGAUCUACGAUCUUUAUGGUGAUGAGGCUCUUGCCUCAGCUGAAUUUACUCCUGUUUCUGGGAAUAAUAAUGCUUCUGGGGGUCAAUUCAGAUUCAAUUCUCGGGAUGCCGAUGAUAUAUUUGCUGAAUUCUUUGGUGGAUCUGAUGGGAAGGAUGACAAUGGUGGUCGGAGCCGUGCGUUUGGAGAGAAGCUUUCUAAGAAGGGUUCUGGUCGUGGUGGUGGUGGUGGUGGUGGAAACGGGGAGGUCGGAAACCAGAACGGUAAGAAACCUCCGGCGGUUGAGAGCAAAUUGACUCUUAGCUUGGAGGAGCUUUAUAAAGGAACCAGAAGGAAAAUGAGGAUUUCUAGAACUGUUCCUGAUGAAUUUGGUAAGCCUAAGAUUGCCGAGGAAAUCUUGAAGAUUGAUAUCAAACCCGGUUGGAAGAAGGGUACAAAAAUAACUUUCCCGGAGAAAGGCAACCAAGAACCUGGCAUGCCUGUUGCAGAUCUUAUUUUUGUGAUUGAAGAGAAACCCCAUGCUGUUUUCAAGAGGGAUGGGAAUGAUCUUGUGGUUAAUCAAAAAAUAUCACUUCUCAAUGCUCUCACGGGGAAAUCCUUCGAUCUAACAACCUUGGAUGGAAGGUAUCUCUCUGUCCCAAUCACAGAUAUUGUUAAGCCUGGUCAUGAAGUUGUGAUCCCCAACGAAGGAAUGCCCAUCUCGAAAGAUCCCAGCCAAAAGGGAAAUCUGAAGAUCAAGUUUGAUGUUACCUUUCCGACGAAACUCAGUGAAGAACAGAAGUCCGACUUGAGAAGGGUGCUGGGAAACUAGUCCAGACUUCAUGCCUAAGGUGAUGACCAUCCUUAUAGUACUAAUUGACAUUGUAAAUACGUUAACGUUUUCCACUGUUUAGGAGGGAAAUUGUGCAUAGUAGGGAGAAGGUUUGCAGGAAUGGAGAAAGAAAGUGUUUAUAAAGUGCUUAUCAUCUUGCAGCUAGUAACCUAGCUGCUAGAUUAUAACUUUGGCUUUUUAUUUCAUUCAUAUGAGUAUAGUAAUAAAGUAGUUGACCUAAGGCAGUGCUUUGUUCUGUAAAAUUGCCCGAAAUAACAAUUGCCUUUGUUUAUUUUGGAAAUGAUCGACAUUUUGUGCAUUUGACUGAA